AACUACCUCAGUGGUGCCUAGCGGAACUGAGGGCUGUAAAAAUAAAGAUACUUAGUAAAUGAAAAAAAAAAAUGUCCCUAUCUACUGCGGCACCUGGGGUUGGUCCACUAAGAAAGUGCAUACGAAGAGAAAACUGAUUUCUUCACAGAGACGGGCACUGUUACUAAUUACUAAAUCUUUCCGUACUGUUAGCAAUCGGUGUCUCCAGGUGCUCGCUAGAAGACCACCGAUAGACUUGGAAAUCGCUCAAAAAGAAAAGUAUCAGCAAAUUAAAUGGGGCAGCACCAUUAACAUCUCUAACGACACUAUUCACCAUGAGGACAUAGAAUGGACCUUCCCAUUCAAUGAAACUCUUUUUCCAAUCGGACAGAUAACCAACACUAAGAUGGACAAUGACGACACCAGUAUUAACAUCUAUACUGACGGAUCAAGAAUAAAUAACUCAGUUGGCUGUGGUCUUGUAAUAUAUGAGAACACUACUGAACUCUCAUACCAGACUUACCGCCUUGAUGAUAAAUGCACGGUGUUCCAGGCAGAACUCUUUGCCAUUUGGAAAGCCGUCGAGCACAUUAAUAGGAACUACGAUAAUAUCACUGCCACCAUCCAUACCGAUUCCCUUUCGGCCUACAGGCUCAUUAAUAGCCCAAAAUUACACCCGCUGGCUGAAUACAUCAGGAAUGCGCUGCGGAUGUCUUCGUGCAAAAUCCAAAUUACAUGGGUCAGAGCCCAUCAGGGGGUGGUUGGCAAUGAGAGGGCCGACUCUCUUGCCAAAACUGCCACUACAAUGGAUAAGAACCAGAUAGCCUACAGGAAAAUAAGCCAACGAACCCUUCGCAGCAUGCUUUGGUCUGACACUGUACAACACUGGCAAUCCGACUGGGAUCAAAUCAUGCAGCAUGUCACCCAUAACUUUAUCCCUGACUUACAGCAGUACCUUGCUAUAAGGUGGUACACCCCUGACUUCUAUGUCAAUCAAAUUUUAACCGGACAUGGGAAAUUUGCUAAUUACCUUGCGAGGUUUGCAAAUGGCAACACUGAUGUAUGCCCCGUGUGCAACGUCAGGGAUGGUCCAGAACACUACCUGUACAACUGCAUAAUUUUUGAAAGAGAAAGAUUCGAGUUUAGUCUUCUACUAGACCACUUCAACAUACCCUGGCCGUGUAAGCAUCCCGACAUCUGGUUAAACAAAGAAAUCUACAAAGCCUUCAAAAACUUUGCCAAAAGGAUCUACAGUGUAAACUAUAACACCAUCCACAGCUAA